CGCUGGGCUCCCGCGGUCUCCUACCUGCGCUGUCCAGCCAUGGAGCCCACCGCCGGGUGCGAGGGAAAUGGAGGAGGCCCGGCGACUGGGGAAUGGAUGAACACAAUCCCGGUUCCAAGACCGCCCUCCAUUGAGGAAUUCACCAUAGUGAAGCCCAUUAGCCGUGGUGCCUUCGGGAAAGUGUAUCUGGGGCAGAAAGGCGACAAAUUGUAUGCAGUAAAGGUUGUCAAAAAAGCAGACAUGAUCAAUAAAAAUAUGACUCAUCAGGUUCAAGCUGAGAGAGAUGCACUGGCACUGAGCAAAAGUCCCUUCGUUGUCCAUUUGUACUAUUCGUUGCAAUCAGCAAGUAAUGUCUACUUGGUAAUGGAAUAUCUUAUUGGUGGAGAUGUCAAGUCUCUUCUACAUAUAUAUGGUUAUUUUGAUGAAGAGAUGGCUGUGAAAUAUAUUUCUGAAGUAGCACUGGCUCUAGACUACCUUCACAGACAUGGAAUCAUCCACAGGGAUUUGAAACCAGACAAUAUGCUGAUUUCUAAUGAGGGUCAUAUUAAACUGACAGAUUUUGGCCUUUCCAAAGUGACUUUGAAUAGAGAUAUCAAUAUGAUGGAUAUCCUUACAACACCAUCGAUGGCGAAGCCUAAGCAAGAUUAUUCAAGAACCCCAGGACAAGUAUUAUCGCUCAUCAGUUCUUUAGGAUUUUUCACACCAGUUGCAGAAAAAAAUCAAGACUCUGCAGACAUCCUUUCAACCCACCUAUCAGAAACAUCACCGCUUUCUAAAGGAUUAAUUUGUCCCAUGUCUAUAGAUCAAAAGGAGACACCUUAUUCUAGCAAACUACUAAAAUCAUGUCUUGAAACUCUUGCUUCCAACCCAGGAAUGCCCAUGAAAAGUCUAACUUCUAAUCUACUGCAGUCUAGGAAAAGGUUGGCCACCUCUAGUGCCAGUAGUCAGUCCCACACUUUUGUGUCCAGCAUGGAGUCAGAAUGCCACAGCAGCCCCAAAUGGGAAAAGGAUUGUCAGGAAAGUGAUGAGGCAUUGGGCUCUACAAUGAUGAGUUGGAAUGCAGUGGAAAAGUUAUGUACAAAAUCUGCAAAUGACAUCAAGACCAAAAGUUUCCAUAAAAAGGGUCUUGAGUUGGCCCUUUCUCCAAUUCAUAACAGCAAUGCCAUUCCUACCACUGGAGGAUCUUGUGUAACCCUUGCUAAAAAAUGCUUCUCUGGAGAGGCUUCUUGGGAAGCAAGAGCACUUGAUGUAAAUAACGUGAACAAGGCCCCUGACACAGGACAGUCUGAUUCCCAGCAGUCACAUCAGUGGGCUCUGAAUUCUAGUGAUAUACCUGAAGAGCCUCUUGGGAAAAGUUUAAAAAGAAAUUUUGAAUUGGUUGACUCUAGUCCCUGUAAAGAAAUUAUACAACAUAAAAAAAAUUGUGUAGAGAAUGAGCAUGAUAAAAAGCUUCGAGGUUGUCAUACAAAUCAGAGUACAGGCUUAACAGCUGAAGUCCAUGGUCUUAAGUUAUCGGUGUAUAGGUGUCAGCAAAAUGACUGUGCUAAUAAGGAGAACAUCACCUGUUAUUUUACUGAUAAACAAACACCAGAAAAUUUAUCUGCACCAACAAUAGCAAAAAACCUUAUGUGUGACCUAGAUGAAGACUGUGAAAAGACUGAUAAGAAGGAACACAUGGAUUCUAAUUUUUUAUGUUGUGAUGAUGAUAGAGCACCCAGAAGCAUAUGUAUGGACUCAGAUUCUUCUUUUCCUGGAAUUUCUGUCAUGGAAAGUUCAUUAGAAAGGCAGCCCUUAGAUGCAGUUAAAAGCAUCAAAGAAUCUUCUUUUGAAGACUCAAAUAUUGAAGAUCUCCUAACUGUAUCACCAAACUUCCAAGAGAAUACCUUGCCAAAAGAUGAUGAGCACCCUGCUGUCCAAGAUAGCAACCAAAAAAUGUUAGCUCCUUCUUCAGAGGCCUUGAAAGCGUUAGCUCUCUGUAAAAGAAAUGCUGUAGCUUUUCGAAGUUUUAAUAGUCAUAUUAAUAUAUCCAAUAACUCAGAACCAUCCAAAAUGAGCAUUACUUCUUUAGAUACAAUGGAUAUUUCAUGUGCAUACAGUGGCUCAUAUCCCAUGGCCAUAACUCCUCAGAAAGAAAGAUCCUCUGUGCCAUAUCAGACCCCAAAACAGAUCAAAUGUGGAACUUCAUACCGAACUCCAAAGAGUGUGAGAAGAGGGGCAGCUCCAGUAGAUGAUGGGCGAAUUCUAGGAACCCCAGACUACCUGGCACCUGAGCUGUUAUUGAGCACAGCCCAUGGUCCUGCAGUAGACUGGUGGGCACUUGGAGUUUGCUUAUUUGAAUUUCUAACAGGAAUUCCCCCUUUCAAUGAUGAAACACCACAGCAAGUAUUCCAGAAUAUUUUGAAAAGAGACAUACCUUGGCCUGAAGGUGAAGAAAAGUUAUCUGAUAAUGCUCAAAGUGCAAUAGAAAUACUUUUAACCAUUGAUGAUACAAAGAGAGCUGGAAUGAAAGAACUGAAACAUCACCCACUCUUCAGUGAUGUGGACUGGGAAAAUCUGCAGCACCAAACUAUGCCUUUCAUACCCCAACCAGAUAAUGAAACAGACACUUCAUAUUUUGAAGCCAGAAAUAAUGCCCAGCACCUGACCGUAUCUGGAUUUAGUCUGUAGCAUAUAAAUGUCCCUUCUGUUUAACCUUGUGUUAUAGAAUAAGGUCCACAAUUAUUUACUCUGCCAGAUGUAAGGGGGAUAAAUAUCAUUAUUUUACCUGGGUCAAUGAGUUUUAAUAUAACAGCUUUCACAGAGGUAAAAGGUUAUAAGGAAUAUAACCAGUAAUUUAUCUUAGUCUCUGUAAAUGUUUAAAGUUCUUUUGAUCAUAUUUAUUUGUUAAUUGCACUUUAUGAAAAUGUAAAGCAUCAAAAUUAGAAUGACACUAUUGCUAUA